AUGAUUAGUAGUCGUGCUAUAUUGAUUUUUAUAUCAUUGGUUUUGGCCUUAAUUACAGUUAUUUCAACAGCUCCAAUGCAUAAUGAUAAGUUAUAUGUGGAAGUAUUAGAUGAUAAAUCUACUCAUGUAGCCAUAACAACAAAUGAAUCAUUAGUUUAUGAUGAUGAUAAAGAUACAUCGAAUGCAUCAAAGAAACAAUGUAUUAAAUCAACUAUGACCGAUUGGAAGGAAGAAACUACUUCUAUGUCAAAAAUCGUAGCUACUGAUGUUCUUGCUGUUAAUAUCACUGAAAUAUCUGCUAAUAAUGAUGAUAUUAUAAAAAUGGUUGAUCGUAUUCUUGCCGACACAGAAGCUAAAUUAUCUGCAAUAGCAACAACUGAAAAAUCAAAUCAAGAUGAUGAUUAUGAAUAA